AUGAACCGGCAGCUAGUGAACAUUUUGACAGCCUUGUUUGCAUUUUUCUUAGAGACAAACCACUUCAGGGAGGCUUUCUGCAAAGACCAUGACUCCAGGUCUGGAAAACAACCUUCACAGACCCUAUCUCCUUCAGAUUUUUUGGAUAAAUUAAUGGGAAGGACAUCAGGAUAUGAUGCACGAAUCAGGCCAAACUUUAAAGGGCCUCCUGUAAAUGUUACGUGCAACAUAUUUAUCAACAGCUUUGGGUCAAUAGCAGAAACUACAAUGGACUACCGUGUGAACAUUUUUCUGAGACAACAGUGGAAUGAUUCACGAUUGGCAUACAGUGAGUACCCAGAUGAUUCCCUGGACUUGGACCCAUCUAUGCUAGACUCCAUUUGGAAACCAGAUUUAUUUUUUGCUAAUGAGAAAGGUGCCAAUUUCCAUGAUGUCACCACCGAUAAUAAAUUGCUACGGAUUUCAAAAAAUGGCAAAGUCCUCUACAGUAUCAGACUCACCUUGACCUUAUCCUGUCCUAUGGACUUGAAGAAUUUUCCAAUGGAUGUCCAGACCUGUACAAUGCAGCUGGAAAGCUUUGGGUACACAAUGAAUGACCUGAUAUUUGAGUGGUUAAGUGAUGGCCCUGUGCAAGUUGCUGAAGGACUGACACUGCCUCAGUUUAUCUUGAAAGAAGAGAAGGAACUUGGCUAUUGCACAAAACACUAUAACACUGGAAAGUUUACCUGCAUUGAGGUGAAAUUUCACCUGGAACGCCAGAUGGGAUAUUAUUUGAUCCAGAUGUACAUCCCUAGCCUGUUGAUUGUCAUUUUGUCCUGGGUCUCCUUUUGGAUAAACAUGGAUGCAGCUCCGGCCAGAGUUGCACUGGGCAUCACCACAGUCUUAACGAUGACCACCCAGAGUUCAGGUUCUAGGGCAUCUCUGCCAAAGGUCUCCUAUGUCAAAGCUAUUGAUAUCUGGAUGGCGGUGUGCCUUCUGUUUGUGUUUGCUGCCUUACUGGAAUAUGCAGCAGUGAACUUUGUCUCAAGGCAGCACAAGGAGUUCCUGCGCCUUCGAAGACGACAGAAGAGGCAGAAUAAGGAAGAAGAUGGCACUCGUGAAAGUCGUUUUAAUUUCAGUGGCUAUGGAAUGGGUCACUGCCUCCAAGUGAAAGACGGAACAGCUGUCAAGGCCACGCCUGCCAAUCCGCUUCCACAACCCCCAAAAGAUGCCGAUGCAAUCAAGAAGAAGUUUGUGGACCGGGCAAAAAGGAUUGACACAAUAUCUCGAGCUGCCUUCCCAUUGGCCUUCCUCAUUUUCAACAUCUUUUACUGGAUCACCUACAAGAUCAUACGGCAUGAAGAUGUCCACAAGAAAUAG